ACCAGAGAGUCUGAUAUGUGCGCUGCUGGGCGGAACGGCCGGUUUGACUGUUUUCUGUCCGGGCCUGUCUGGGGGACGGACGGAGGUUUGGUUGUUGGGCAGUGCUGGAAAGAGAGAGCUGCAGCAAACAUGAAUGCUGGCCUUGUCUUCCUCUGUGUGCCCAGCACCAAUCUGUAUCUACAACUCCAUCAUCAGGUUCCACCACAAGAAGUGCUUCAGGUUGCUGACACCAGAACAGGUCAACAAACAUCCUCUGAUGAUCUCCUCACUAAUGCUUCUCCUGAACAAACAGAGACAGAAACGGGCAAGGAGAGAACUCACCUCUGUGCAGAGUGUGGGAAGAGUUUUACUCAGCAGAGUGAUCUCCAGCGACACCAGCACACUCACUCCGGAGACAAACCUUAUCACUGUCUGGAGUGUGGGAGGGGGUUUAUUCAGCAGAGUGACCUCCAGCUUCACCAGCGCACCCACACAGGAGAGAGGCCUUUUGACUGCUCGCACUGCGGGAAGAGCUUUACCCACAGGAACAGUCUUCAGCGGCAUCAGCUCAUCCACUCUGGUGUAAAGCCGUAUGAAUGCCCGCACUGCGCUAAGACAUUUACUCACAAGAACAGUCUCCAGCGACACAAAAGUGUUCACACAGGUGAGAAACCGUAUGAUUGCUCAGACUGCGGGAAGAGCUUUAUCGACAAAGGACAUCUCAAAAAACACCAGCGUGUUCACACAGGGGAGAAGCCCUAUCAGUGUGGGUUCUGCGGGAGGAGUUUUGCACAACAGAGUUAUCUUCAUCAGCAUCACCGGACUCACACAGGAGAGAGGCCGUACUAUUGCUCGGAGUGCGGGAAGAGCUUCACUCAGCUGAGCAGCCUCCAACUGCACCAACGUACUCACUCAGGGGAGAAGCCAUUUUUGUGCGCGGGGUGCGGGACCAGUUUUACCCAUAAAAGUAGUCUCCAGCGACACCAGCUCACUCACACAGGAGAAAAGCCUUAUGAGUGUUCGUGGUGUGGUAGAAGUUUUACCGAACAAAGUAAUCUUCAACGACACCAGCGCACUCACUUUAUAAAAGUAACAGUUUAAUUGGCUUGUUUUACCUGAGAGAAUGCUUUUGCCAAGAAUUAGUCUGUUUGAAUGGCUGGUGUUAAUUUAAUUAACAUAACAUAAUAUUAUUGGAAUAUUUAUAGCAGAAAAGUAAUGUAUUAUUACAUAUGAGAAGCUUUUAUUUUUGCAAACUGUUAUACACUCAGACACUAGUAGCUUCUUUGUACAUCUAUACAUAGGAAUAAUGGAAAUCAAUUUAAUUGGUCCAGUAAUUGUGAAAUUGCACAUACAGUGUAAACCCAGAUUUAUAUUGUAAACUGGGAUUGGUGUGGCAUAUUGUAGACGUCAUAAUAUGUAUUUAUAUACUGGUUAUAUAUGUAAACAUAUUAAAUGUUCUGCUAUA